UGCCAGGCUGAAGAAGAGGAAUUUGUAGUCUCGUUGGAUUGAGUGCCUUAGAGGGUUGUUACUUUGUGAUCUUUUAUUGGUAUAGAACUGGAACGAGAUUCACGGUUAAAAAGCGACUUUUCGUUACCCAAGCUUGAUGUUAAAUUAACGGAAAUGAGUGCUUAGACACAGAAAUAAAGUUAUAGACAUUUUCUGUUUAUGUCUCAUGAAGAAAAACCUUUAAUAAUUGAUAAAAAUGAGGUUUAAGAAGAGUGAGGCAUCGGGACAGAAGCGUGGUUGGUGGCGAUGGUGGCGCCUGGCGGCGUUGUCAGCCAUGAUCUGUUGUCCCCUGGCUAAGGCGUCAAUGGUCGACGAAGCAACAGAGACGGUGAUGGCGCCUCUGUCCAGUCUAUACAUGAGGCAGGAAGCCGUCCUCCAAAAGCUGGACGCCCUCAUCGACAAGGUUAAUAAAGUGGAUGUACUGGAGGCCAAGAUUGUGGAACUGACGGCGCUGGUCUCAGAGAGGAACCCUUUAGCCGAGGACCUGGGGGAUCAGCCAAACGAGGAAAGUAAUCCUGGACAAGCGGAGGCCUUGAGUGCAAUGGGAGCCAAGCUUGAUUUGCUGAGUGACGACGUGAGGGCCCUCAGUGCCACUUUUAGUGCUGUGGCGGCGAGCAUCGCUCAGCUAGAUCAGCGCCUCGGUGGGGUCUUUAGCGCUUCCAACGGCCGGGAAGAAACCUCCUCAGAGCUGCUGGAAGCCCAGGCUGUCAACUUCACCCUCACCGUCGACGGGGCCCUCGAGGAGAUGAAGAACCAGCUGCGAGAGACGGUGGAGAACGCGUCGAUUUCCCUCGCGCCUCCUUCCUCCCCUCUUGAGUGCGAGGCGCUGACGGAGAUCCAUGAAUCCUUAGCUCGCCUAGAGGAUGUGGAUCGACCCUCGACGAAUACCACGAAGCAGCUGUUUGCCGCCGUCCUCAAUCGCAUCCGCGUCUCCAACGUGGCCAUGGACAAGCGCCUCGGGGCUGUCCUGCACACCUCUUCCCUUAGACAGCGCGUCCUACAGGAUACCCUCCUCGCUGCCCUAGCUUCAGUCAUGACGCUGGUGCGGUCAGAAACUCGAGACGUCCUCACAGGUAUGGACAAUCGCCUUCAGGAGCUGCUGAACACGCUUACGACCGCCGCGAUGAAACAGGAAGAAGACGUCGCGAUCCUGGUGCAAGAAACGAUUAACACAACCUUGAAUGAAGCUUUGUCUACCGCAAAAGGCGACAUCGGAGUCCUCGUUCAGGCGCAGGAGAACCUCACGGCGGCCGUGGCUCCCUUGCACGCUCUCCGAAACCUGACGGAGAUGAAUUUUCGGGAAAAUGCAAACCAACUUUGCGUAGUGCCG